AAAAGAACGAGUAGUUCACCUAAAGGUUUCUGUACAUCUACAUAUUUACCGAUGAACAUUCAAAAUUAUAUUAGUAAUUUACGUAUUGCGAUUUCACAAUCUUAAGUAACAAUUAAUAUUUGAUAAAAAGUAAAUCGAGUCUAAUUGUUAUAACAUUGCUUCUUAUAUAAAACAAUAUAUUUUCCUAAAAAUGUUAUCAACAUAAAACAGAACAACGAAAAGGAUAACUUUUUUUAAGUUCAUUAUUAUUUUUUAAAAUUUGAUUUCGUAAACUGUGAAUUAUUGACGGACGAUUGGUAUUUCAUUGAACGAUCUGGUCAUCUACGGUUGAAACUUGUCCACCACUCUCUAGCUACUCCGCCAUUAAACUACCGGCUCUCCGUUGCUUUACUUCUCGUAGUUAUCCACAUUUACCGAUUCCAUCAUGACAGAAGAUUACUUUUGGGGACUUACCCUUGACAGCAACAAAAAGAAGGAAGUAUGGGAUCCAGACAGGAAUCCUUCUUCAGGAGGUGGUGAUAUGCAAGGGUUUCGUGGAGAACAUACUCUCUUAGUGAAACAGAUCGUUCUGGGAGCAGAAGCAAAGGAUGGCGAUGUUAACGUGGUAGAAGUAGAAGCGAUGGGCUACAAAGCGGACGUAAAGUUUCCUAUAGCGGUGAUGAGGGGAGGCAGCUCACAGUCACAGGCUGUUUUGGAUCUUCUCUUUCCAGACCCACCAGUCACCUUCCAUCUAGUCAAAGGAUCGGGACCUGUACACCUACUCGGGAAUCACACGAUUGGCACUGGUGAAUUGGUAGGCGAUGAUGAUGAAGAUGAAGAUUUAGAAGAUGAAUUAGAUGAAGAAGAUCUGGAGGAUUUGGAGGAGAGUCCUGAAAGGAAUAAUAUUGAAGACAAAAAACGCAAACUUUCACAAUCCAACUCAACCAAGAAAGGGAAGAAAACAAAAGUAGAUGAGAAGUAAAGUGGAGUAUUACUGUGACAUCAACCAUCUGCUACUUUACAUUUUUUUAGAAGUAAUGAAUGAACUUAUUAUUGUACCAAAUAAACAGAAAGUACAUAGGGAGUUGCCUUGGUCAGCAGUUAUUUUAUGUCAAGGAAUUACUGACUUAAAAACCCGUUGAAUUCCUCAUGAUCUUUUUAAGUUAUUAGUAUUAAACUAUUACGAGAGUUUGCCUUUGAACUAAGUUCUAUUAUUGUAAACGUUUCCUACUCUCCAAACCUCCUUAUUAUCUACAGUAUGUUUAAUGGUAGAAAUAUAAAUCCAUGUAUAAUUUAUCAUUUCAUGUUUUCUUAAUUUUUUUUUUUGUUUUUUGUAAAUUAUCUGUAUAUUUGUGUACCAAAUGGAUUGCAUAUGUUUUUUUUAUAUGUAUUAUUUUGGGACGAAUUUGAAUGUGUUGGUUCGAAUGGUUCUGUUUGACUACAAAUCUAAGAUGUGUACUUCUUUCUUAAUACAUUUUUCCCUUUCUAUAAAGUUGUUUCAAUUACCUUAUUCCUUUUG